UGUUUGGUCGUGUCGAUUAUUUUACCCAGUUUUACAUACACACGACCUUCCAGUUCAAAGCUCAAUGCUCUGAAUGUCUACUUACAAGCACUCCCUUGCUCCGAUAGUCAUUCAUGCAUUCCCUCAUCCAAUAUCAGCACUUUCCUUUGAUCCUGUAUCGGAUGCUCUUUGGGUUGGAUCGGGAAACGGCUAUGUCUCCGCUCACCAUAGCAUACAAGGCUUGAGAGGGGUAUGCUUCAAGGCGGGGGAUCUUCCCGUGCUAAAGGUAGUUGCCGAUGAAAAUUCAGUCAAAGCAGCUUCCGCAGGAGGAGAUGGGGUUGGAUCAUGGGUGAAAGGUGGUAUGAACAAAUGGUUUUACAACUCAGAGAAUUCUAUCAUGAACUUCGCUACCUCGUCUACAAUGACCGCGCUUUCGACUUCUGGCUCGGAGUUGUUGUUGAUCAAUGCAAUGACUGGAAAUCUCUUGAGACAGACCACAAUACCUUCUAUCGCUACACAUCUCGAAUUUUCGCAUAAUAUUCUCCUGUCUGGCUCUGCCGAUGGUUAUCUUCGUGCCUACGAUCCUCGAACUGGAAAUAUACGGAAUGGGGGCUCCGAAAGCGUGGUGAAGGCACAUUAUGGAGGUAUUCAAGGCUUGCAAACCACGGGAAACUUUGUCUUCACUAUUGGCAUGAGCUUACGACAAGCUCAUCCAUUUCCAGACCCGUUGGUUAAGGUAUACGAUCUUCGUAAUAUGCGCGCACUUCCUCCCAUUUCGUUCGCCGCUAGUCCUGCAUUCAUCAACGUUGUUCCAAAUCGUUCCGCUACUAUAGCCGUAACGUCCAACUCGGGUAGUAUUAGCAUUGUGGAUGCUUCGAACUUUGGAGGUAUCUCGAACGACUUUUCUCAGAUCGAAGACCUCACCUCCUUCGUUACGGCCGUAGCGAUAUCGCCAACCGGGGCUUACUUGGCGUGUGGUGACGCUGACGGAAUGAUUCACUUGAAGUCCCAGGUUGAAGGAGAUGAGGUUGUACCUUUGAAUGGUUUCGAAGGGCGUCCGGUAGAAUGGGCUAAUCCUCCAGAACCACUUCCUGAGCUGGAAUGGACAGAUUCAACACCCUUGAACACAAUUGGCCUACCUCGUUAUAAAACCCAACUUCUGUCAGCGUGGACACCGCAAUUCAACUCUUCAAAGACCAUCUCAUUUCCUUCUCCCCAGAAAAUUCCUGUUCAGGUCUUGAAUACUAUGAAGAUGAAUGACAAUGUUGCAUAUGCUCCGCUCCCAAAAGAGCUCCGAGGUAGACGGAACAUGGUUGCCCUGGAAAAGAAAAAAUUGGGCGGACGUUUCCGCAGUGGAAAAUCAGGAACUGGAGAUCACGAGCUGGAAAGUCCUCUGCUUGAAUACGUUGGAGAUGAUGUGCCAACAAUAUAUCGUCACGUAGAGAUCGAGUAUUCCAAGUUUGGAGUUGAGGACUUCGAUUUUGAAUUCUUCAACAAGACUGAAUUCAGUGGACUUGAGACUCAUAUACUAAAUUCCUACACCAACCCUAUUCUUCAAGUCCUUCAUUACAACCUUCCCAUCCGACGACUUGCGAAAUCCCAUAUCACCACCGAUUGUCUACGCGAGCACUGUCUUUUGUGUGAACUGGGUUUUGUUGUACGCAUGCUGGAAGACGCCAGGGGUACCAAUUGCCAGUCCAGCAAUUUCUGCAAGGCUGUCGGCGUCUUGGCUCACAUGUCCAAUGCCAUCGAUCUUGUGGACUACGGCCGGGAACCCACAGAACUCGACUACGCUCAUAUGAUACAGUCUUUCCAGCGUUUUCUCUUUGACCGUCUCGUACUCGAAGGCAAUGAUCUUACCGCUAAUCCAAUCAUCCUCAAAGGUUCUUCGUACGAAAGGAAUGAACAAACCCCAGUCCCAGCACCCAUCACCCAGUUAGUCGGAAUCGAUACGAAAAACGUCGUGACAUGCUUUCACUGCAAAGCGGCUAGAAGCAAGGAUAAUCUGACUCACGUAGUAGAUCUGAUAUAUCCACGAACGAUUCUUCCUAACGACACAGUGCCGUACUCUGACUUCCCCACCAUCCUGCGCAAUUCUAUCCUCCGCAACAUGACACACAAAGCCGCAUGCACGAAUUGCGGCAAGAAUUUCAGCAACUUCUCAAGCAGGCGCGAGAUAUCAACGAGAGAUUUGCCUUUGACGCUUGCAGUCAAUGCGUGCGUGAACAGCGAAGAUAAUUUUAAGUAUUGGUUCGAUCACCGAAACCAAACCUUCCUCAAACCGCAGAUUGAACUACACGGAGAGGUGGAUGAUAUGGAAGAUCCUGAAGGCGCUAUUUACCAGUUACGGGCUGUGAUUGUGCAGGUUGCUACUGACGAGCAUGCACAUUUGGUUGCUAUCGUCAAAGUUCCCGAGGCCGAGGGAAAUGAAGACGAAGGUGCUAGUCCUUGGUACAUAUUCAACGACUUCGUGGUGCGGAAUGUGCCCGAGCAGGAAGCUCUCAGCUUUCCUGGCAGGUGGAAGAUUCCUGCAAUCCUGCAUUUUGAACGUGUGGAUAGAAAGGACUCAUUGGACCUCUCCCAGCUUCCUGAUGCUAUUGACGCUGCCAUACUAUGUCGAGAUACUUCCAUAUCUUUGAAUCGGGAUCCCGACCUCAUAAAACACGAACUUCUUAAUUCUGCGGAACUACCUACCCUAGGAACUGUCGUCGCUGUCGAUGCUGAAUUCGUAUCCAUGCAACAGGAAGAGACUGAGUAUCGCUCAGAUGGAACAAAAAAGGUCCUACGGCCGGCGAGACUCAGUUUGGCUCGUGUUUCCUGUUUACGCGGCAAUGGUCCUAAAGAGGGCGUUCCAUUUAUCGAUGAUCAUAUUCACACCAGUGAAGUGAUUGUAGAUUAUUUGACAGAGUUUUCCGGUAUCAAAUUUGGCGAUUUAGAUCCUAUGCGGUCUCCGCAUACUCUGACUCCACUCAAAGUGGUAUACAAGAAAUUGCGUCUGCUAGUGGAUCGCGGAUGUAUCUUUAUUGGACAUGGGUUGUCAAAGGAUUUCAGGAUAAUUAAUAUCUUUGUCCCUCCCGAGCAAGUGAUUGAUACGGUCGAUCUAUACUUCAUCAAGGCUCGUCAACGCCGUCUCUCCUUGCGCUUCCUAUCAUGGUAUUUAUUCCGUGAGGUCAUACAAACCGAAACACACGACUCGAUUGAAGAUGCGCAUUUCGCUCUGAAGCUCUUCAAGAAAUAUAAUGAGUUUGAGGGAGAAGGUAAAUUUGAUCAGAAACUGGAAGAGAUCUACAAGGAAGGACGUCAAUAUAAUUACAAACCUCCUCCUCCUCCUGGCUCAUCCCCGGUGGAUCGUCAAGCCACACCUCCAAUACCAAUAGGAAUCCCAAGUCCACUAUCAAGCCCGCCAUCUUCUCGCUAUCAAUAUGCAUCUAGUAGUCUACUUGGUUCUCCUCCCUCACAUAAAUUUUCGUCUCGCUCACGAUCUCAUGGAUUACGUCGAUUGUAAAGAUGCAUGUAU